AUGGCCGUUACAAAUAAUGGGUGGAGUGCCAUACUUACAUUAUCAUUGCUAGGUCUUAUACCAUUUGCUGCACUCUCCUUCUUCAUAGCUAUCUAUUUUGGUAGCAUCAGACGAGCCCAAAUAAUGAAGCAACAAAAUGUUAUUGUAUCACCUGAUCAGCAGAUCUGGAUAAGGGAUGACAAAAAAAAGGAAAGUUCGGUGAGCAAUAUUCAAUCUGCGGAUCAUAAAAGAACGAUCAGCAGAAUAAAACAUUGUGAUGCUCAAAUUGAUACUAAUCGUACUUUUUCAAUAGCAGAACUGGGAAUUUCUGGUAUAAACGAAUUUGGAAAUACGAUUCUAAAAGACACUCGACCUAAGAUUAAUGAUGAAACCGCUGUCAAUUCAAAUAUGCAGUUGCAAAGUUCAUGCUCUUCAAUAAUACAUCGAGAUGCUCCAACAAUCUCAUCAAUAAUUGUAGUAGAAGGAGAGAGAACGACAAGAGAUACAAGUAGAAACCAAUCGUCGUAUCAAAUCACUUCAACACCAAUUACUCGAAAUCUAAUAUUAACGCCGAAAACACCACUAACGUCAAGAGAUAAGGCAGGUACUCAAAAAAUUCUCAAUAAUUCCUCAUGUGAAUUCAUUGCAUCUCAUCGGAUAACAAAACAUACCUCUUUACAGCGAACAAGAAACUCGACAGCACAAAACUCUGAAUGCAUAGAAUUUACAAUCCCAGAAUUCCAGACCGAUAUAUCGAAAUCGCUAAUAACUGAAGAGUGUUAA